GUGAGUCACUCAGUGCAAGUUUGCAAGGCGAAUUGUUAGCAUUAACUUUUCAUAACAGUUGAUUAUUCUUCAUUUUGCAUAAGUUUAUUGUAAAAGGCUUAUACAUGGCGAGUAUAGCUGUUGUAACUGGAGGAAAUAAAGGAAUUGGGUUUGCUAUUGUAAGAGGACUUUGUAAACAAUUUGAUGGAAUCGUAUAUUUAACAGCCCGCGAUACCACCCGAGGAUUAAAUGCAAUUAAAGAAUUAGAGAAAGAAGGUUUAACACCAAAGUUUCAUCAGCUUGAUGUUACUGAAGAAAGCAGUGUUAUUGUUUUCCGCGAUCAUCUGCAAAAAACGCAUGGAGGACUUGACAUCCUGGUAAACAAUGCCGCUAUUGCUUUCAAGGUUGCUGCUACAGAAUCAUUUUCUGUACAAGCUGAAGAAACAAUAAGAGUAAAUUAUUUUGCUCUAAGGAAAGUAUGUAACAUACUUUAUCCAUUACUAAGACCUCAUGCACGUGUGGUACAUCUCUCAAGUAGUGCUGGUCGAUUAUCAUUAAUUCCGAGUGAAUCAUUGAGAAAACGCUUUUCCGAUCCAAAGCUUACAGAAGAAGAAUUAGAUAACAUUAUGCGUGAAUUUGUAGAAUCUACAAAAGCAGAUACUCACUUGAAAGAUGGUUGGGCAAAUUCUACCUAUGUUGUAAGUAAAGUUGGAGUGUCUGCUCUAACUCGAAUUCAUCAAACUAUAUUCAACUCAGAUCCCCGGGAAGAUCUUGUGGUAAAUGCUGUGCAUCCUGGUUAUGUAGACACUAAUAUGACUAGUCAUAAAGGAACUUUGACACCAGAUCAAGGUGCUGAAGCUCCUUUAUACUGUGCAUUACUACCAGAAAAUACAGAUAUAAAAGGUAAAUAUAUUUGGUUUGAUAAGUCACUGGUGGAAUGGACAAAAGAUGCAUAA